AUGUCCAAAAGACACUCUUUAUACAGCGAAAUGCAUCGUCUGCCCGAUCUUCUGCAAGGAUAUGUCAAUCCGUAUGAACAAAGGCAAUCUCCACAAGCUAAUGCAAGAACCAUAAUCAAUGAUAAUCCGCAGGUGCCAGAUUUCACCAUGUUGCAACAAGUGUCCAAGAAACUGGCCUAUCUGAUGAAGAUUGUUGUUGUUGGUGACGGAGGUUGUGGAAAGACAUGCUUGUUGGUGUCCUAUGCCCAACAGAAAUUCCCCGAGGUUUACGUUCCUACAAUUUUUGAAAAUUACGUCACAAGUGUACAAUCGCCCACCGGCCAGAUUGUGGAGUUGGCGCUUUGGGACACGGCAGGACAAGAAGAAUACGACCGCUUGCGCCCAUUGUCGUAUCCGGACUCCGACGUUAUAAUAAUUUGUUUUGCGCUCGACAAUUUGACGUCUUUGCAGAACAUUAGAGAUAUCUGGUACCCUGAAGUCAACCACUUUUGCCCGGGUAUCCCCGUAUUGCUAGUUGGUACCAAAUCGGAUCUCGAGUCCCAAAUUGAUCCUCAGGAGCCUCUCCGUCUAGCAUCAGAAAUCAACGCCGUUGGAUAUGUCCAGUGUUCGGCGAAAACCAUGUUCAACGUAAAGACUGUCUUCAACUUCGCCUUGAACCACUAUCUUCAGAUUCGCCAACGGGAAGAGCAAGUGGAAAAACUGCGCAAGCGUUUAUCACGCGUGAUGGCUCCGGGCCAUUCCAGACACGGAAGUCAUUCGAGAAACGGAAGUCGUGGGCACGCUAGGACAGGCAGCGGCAUGAGCUUUAAAAAGGGCCAUUUUGCCGGCGGAUCGCUAGGAUCGAGUGUAUUGUUGGACAGUCCGCUUGCAGAAGACAAUUACCAGGCAAAUCCGUAUCUGCUGCCACAGCCUCAGAAGUAUAACGAGGAAGAGUUUGCUUUCACGCGAAAAAAGAAAGCGAAGAAGUGUACGAUAUUGUGA